UAAAAAAGGCGUCAGUCUCAAUUGGGGGAAAAUUUUAAGACGCCAAAAGAAUCACUUGGUGGGAAAUCUCUGUCUCUCCAAUUUCGUUCCAACUCUCCGCCGAUCUCACCAUCGUCAUUCUCUCUCUCUCUCUCUCUCUCCCUCUCUCUCUCACGAAGCUGAGAGCAAAGGAAUGGCGUGAUUCAAAGUCAUUGCCUUCACCAAUCGAGCACCGGCAGCCCCACCAUCCGACCUCGAUCCCGUCAUCUACAAGCCCUAUCGCUUGUCUGACCUCGACCACUUCUCGGUAAGUUGAAUAAUUGCUCUCUCAACGUUUAUUCUUGAUUUCCUUUGGAGUUUUGAUUCAGAGAUCUAUUUUAGGGUUUUCAAUUUGGGUUCUCGAUUUUGGGGUUUUGUUUUGGGAUUUCAAUUUUGAGGGUUUCGAUUCCAGGUUUUGCUUGGGGCUGCUCUACUUUGAACUUUGUUGAUAUGCUCUGGGUUUGAACUUUUUAUGGGCUUAAUAUUUGAGUUUGAAAUCAUAUGUAACACAAAUUUGCCCCCCACCUGUUCAGCUUUUUUCCCAAUUAGUUUCAGUUUGUGGAAACAAUGGUGUGGAAGAUGUUUAAAGGGGAUAUGCUUAUGCAAACAGUAGAGGAGGACAAAAAUGAAAUGGGUGUGGUGAAUUUAUAUGUGGGUAAUCUCCCAAAUGAAAUGAAUGUUGUUUGGCUAGGCCAAAUAUUCAACCACUAUGAACAAGUGGUUAUUAACAUUGCCCUAAGAUCAGCAUUCUCCUGCGUGGAUGUCUAUUGAUCUUAGGAAUUAUUUAGACAGUAUACUUGCAACUGUCACGGAGAUUGUUCUAGAUAAAUUGAUUGAUUUUUUUCUUGGUAUUUGAGAGUUCUAGGAGUUGAAAAAAGAAAAUUUUGAGUUUUGAACAAAUGACGAUAAUUCUUGUGUGAUACAUUCGUCUUGAUUAACUGGAGAAAUCUGCAGAGUUCAAGAAUACAAUGGUUACCCUAUCGGUUGGUUGUUGUUGACAUCUCAAGCUUCAAAUAUUGUUGUUUGUUUACCGGGACAACGGAGAGAUGCUUGUGAAAAGGGCUUGUCCCUAUGACUUUGCUGUAUUUAUCACCAAAUUGGUAAAACAGGAGAGGCAUCAGAUUGAUAACUUUUCUCUUGAAGUCUCGAUUCCAUCUAGUGUUGUGGAAAAUGAACAAGAGUUUUUUGUUAUAUAUGAAAAGGAAGUACGAUUAUGAACUUUUGUUUUUUUUCGGUGAUUUUCAGAAGUUUGAAAGGACAAUGAGAGGUAUGCAGGGUGCUCUCAUUGUUGCCUCUUGUUUCCAGAUGCUUAUCGGCUUUUUAGGAGUGUGGAGAAAUGUUGUAAGGUUUCUUACCCCUCUUUCUAUGGUUCCUCUCCUGACUUUUACUGGACUUGGGCUAUACUAUCUUGGUUUUCAAAUGGUAAGAUUCGCUGAUCCUUCAACACAUGUUUUGUCUUUAAUCCUGGCUUUUCUAGUUUAGACCUGAUAGCAACUUCAUUUUUGCUCCCUUACUCAAUCUUUAGUUCUGAAAAAUAAAGUAAAAGGCCCUUCCGAAGGGAGUAAAAU